AUGGCAGGGGAGCCUAGAAAGCGCAACCCGAAUUUGUAUUGCCAUUACCAUCAAGAUCAUGGGCACACAACGGACAACUGUAGGAAUUUAUGGGAUCACCUGAAGCAACUGGUCCGUGAAGGGAAACUAAAGCAACUCUUGGACCACUCCAGCGGAAGAGCGAACCAAUCAGGUCCUGAGGUGCAGGGAGAUGCCUCAUCAAGGCUCCCCCUGGGCACGAUUAACGUCAUCUUUGCGGCCCCGGGAAGGACUGGGUCUUGUCCCUCGAGAGUAUUGUCGGUGUCCCGGCCCCAGGCCGAGGACCACUCUCCGGCAUUAAAGAAAACCAAGAGGCGCGUCCCAUUGAUUUUGGGUUUUUCGGAUGAGGACCUGAUUGGGACCAUACAGCCCCAUGAGGAUGCCUUGGUAGUAACAUUGAGGAUUGGAGGAUACGAUGUCCGAAGAGUAAUGGUUGAUCAGGGAAGUGCUGUGGAUGUGAUGUAUCCAGAUUUGUACAAAGGGCUAGGUUUGAAGCAAGAGGACCUAACAGUUUACAACUCCCCUCUAGUGAGUUUUGAGGGAAGGUUGGUCAUUCCUAUGGGGCUAAUUAGACUGCUCGUACAGACAGGCACGGAUGUGGUGGAGGUGGAUUUUAUUGUUGUAAAUGUUUUUUCUCCCUACACGGCUAUUAUGGGCAGGCCUUGGCUUCAUACCCUUAAAGCGGUUUCCUCUACCUUACAUCAGAAGGUGAAGUACCCGUCCGGGGACCAAGUGCUGGAGAUUGUAGGGAACCAGGCGGCUGCUCAGCAGUGUCAAGUAGCGGCUAUACAGCACCGGCCAGAAGCAGAAACCUCGGCCACCGCCGACAAUGAGUUAUAG